AGAAGAAGAAACAGACGUCAUCCUUAGGCCUAGUGACCCUUUGAUGGUCCGUGGCUAACGUUACGUUACAGCGAAACGGUCUUGGCCGCUAGCUGUCCACGGUAAGCCUUGACUACUCAAGCGGAACUUAGACAGAAGUCAGAGGUGAAUGACAACAACGCCCCUGAUGACAAAUGAACAACAAUGGCGCUGGCGUGACGUCCAACGUCUGCUAACGUUAGCUGGCUAGCACCAAGUGGGCAGUCAGUGCUACAAACAUUAGCCUCUGCUAACUAACGGCCGCUGCCCGCCGCAGCUCCUUCACUUUAAUUGGAUCUAACGUUAAAUAUAGCGUUCUACAGACGACGGAGGACGAGAAGGUGACAGCCUCGAUCCGAAAGUCGUGACAGCAUGGCGGCCGCUGCAUCGCAGUGGGAUGAGCACCAGGCGUACGAGGAGCUGCUGUACUGGGACAGCCUCAUUCAACAGGGCCACCGCCUCCUCCCGCACGACUUCGACAGAUAUGAGGACCUACGAUACUGGUAUGACUGCUUGUGUUAUGAGGAGGAGCUGCGACAGUACCAUGAUUACAUCUCCGUUAUUGGCGAAAUUGAGGACCAUCGGCACCUUGAGGAAGCUGCAGUCCCACAGGUGUGCGCAGGGCCGCAUGAUCGUCAUGUGAUGGCUAAACACUCUGAAGUGUACCCUUCACCAGAGGAGCUGGAGGCGGUGCAGUCAAUUGUUUCCCGAGUGGAGUGUGCCCUUAAGACUGUGUCGGACCAGAUUGAUAUCCCAAAAGAUAACAAACCAAAUACAGAGUUAGGGAGUGGUGAGUCACAAGACCGGGUCCUACGUGGGGUUAUGAGGGUCGGCCUGGUGGCCAAGGGACUCCUGCUGACCGGAGACAAGGACUUGGAGCUUGUCCUGCUUUGUUCCAGCAAGCCUACCACCACCCUGCUCAAUCAAGUGGCUGAACAAUUAUAUGCACAGUUAGAGGCAAGUUCGGCUGCGACGUAUAAAGUAAGCAAGUGUCCAGAGGACGCAGCACUUGUUGUGACGAGCACUAAGGAGUCGGCCCUGACUCUCACUAUCCACCUGACGUCACCUCUGGUCAGGACAAAGCAAGAGAGACAAGCUCCAGAAAAGGACGAGGAAGAAGAAGCGACGCGAACAGUUGACGAUCCGCCGGACGUUCUGGACAGGCAGAAAUGCCUCACUGCCUUGGCGUCUCUCCGCCACGCCAAGUGGUUCCAGGCCAAAGUCAACAAUCUAAGUUCUGCCGUCCUCGUGAUCCGGAUCAUGAGAGACUUGUGUAACCGUGUUCCUACCUGGACGCCACUCUCCGGAUGGCCUCUUGAACUGCUGGUAGAGAAGGCCAUCGGUACGUCGGAGAGACCAAUGGGACCAGGCGAGUCGUUACGAAGGGUUUUGGAGUGCGUUGCAUCGGGAAUCCUCAUGGAAGACGGCCCUGGAAUAAAAGACCCGUGUGAGAAGGAAACGGUCGACGCCACCGCAUGUCUGUCUCUGCAGCAGCGGGAAGACAUCACACAGAGUGCCCAGUUUGCUUUGAGGUUGUGUGCAUUCGGACAAAUGCACAAGGUGUUGGGGAUGGACUAUAAACCCAUAAAGCCACGGAUAUCAGCAGGACCUGGCGGCAGAGAGGGCACAGCACAAAUCCCACCUGCUGGACACUUCAACCUGCCAUCCAAGAGACCUCACACAGAGAUGGAGAAGGAAGGGGAGGGGCCCCAACUCAACAGCAAACAGAGGAAGUUUCUCAAAUUCCAGAAGCGCUUUCAGAGGAAAUCAUUCACAGAUGAUUUCAGCAUGAAUGCCGUGAUGCGUCUAAACCAGUACAAACCCGGCCUGGAGUACCGACUCAUAUCUCAGACUGGUCCGGUCCACGAGCCGGUCUUCACGAUGGCCGUGGACUUGAACGGGAAGCCCUACGAGGCGACGGGGCCCUCCAAACGAGCUGCCAAACUUAAUGUAGCCACCAAGGUUCUGCAGGACCUCGGUCUUCCAACAGGCUCAGAAUCUAAGGCAGAGUCUUCUGGUGAUGUUGAGGGAACCCAAGACUUAGUAAAACCUGGCAGCGCGGCCUCUUCUACAUCGGAAGAAAGCGGUCAGGGUCCUAUCUUGACCAAAAAGGGGAAGAACCCUGUGAUGGAGCUGAAUGAGAAGCGCCGCAGCCUGAAGUACGAACUGUCUGCCGAGACGGGCGGCUCUCAUGAAAAGUGUUUUGUCAUGGAGGUGGAGGUCGAUGGGCAGAAGUUCAAAGGGAGAGGUUCCAAUAAGAAGGAAGCGAAGGCCUACGCUGCCCUCACUGCUCUGGAGAAGCUGUUCCCAGACGACGACAGCAACAGGAAUACAGCAAAGAAGAAGGUCACUUACACCGACAUGCACAUCCCCGGGUUUGGCACGAUCCGUGGCAUUCCUUCAGACUGCGGCACUCGCGGCUGGGGUCUCAACAGGGGCCGUGGCCGGGGCCGGGGCAAACCGUUUCUACCUGGACCGAGCUACAACAAGGCUAACUACAGUUAUGAGGGCAACACCGGCGCAGGUUAUCAUCAGCUCUAUGUUAACAAUGCAGCAAGCACCACAGCCGAAUGCACUGGGUCAGGCAGCAGCAUUGGCUACGGCACCUUUUACCCCGAGGGCAGCGACAACUUCGCCUCCCAACCCGUCUCCAGCUCCGACCCCAGCGCCCCGCAGGCGGAGAGCUACCAGUCGAUGCCUCCUCCUGCUGACCAGGAGAGCCCCUACAGCUACGGGUAUGGAGAUGAGAAGAAGAAGAUGCUGACCCAAGGUCAGAAUGAGGCCCUGGCAGGAGGCUACUCUAUGUACAGUACAGCUUACCCCAGCUCUGUGACGGGGGGUCAAGCGUACAACAACUACGGCUGGGGAAACCAGUCCUCUGGCAAUGAGCAGGGAUACGGCAUUCACCAGGGUUUCGGAGGAGAAAACCGGGGCUCGUUUUCUGGAUACGGAGGCAUGAAUUACUAAUCAUCCCAUCGUGUCCAGACCUUUUUAUCGCAUUAUGCCAGUUUGGUGUUUUCAGCUCCUUUCUGGUGAACAAAGUUUUAGGUCAAAGAUGCAGGCUAAUCUUUUGAAUAAAAGGUAUUUGUUUUCUUCCUCAGUAUCCCUCAUGUCUAUGUUGACAGGAGUGUAAAAAUCAAUCCUUAUGUCGGUUUCUAGGGUUGUUGUGUACUCGUUCUGUAUCAGUAGGUUCUGUUUUUUUUAUUUCUGCUUGUAGCUGUGUCCUAUAAAAUGCUCAAAUUUCACUUGUAAAAUAAAUAUUUUUUUGGAGCAAA